GAUGUAGGAUUCAAGGUUAUAUAAGGCCACCAACUCUAAUAUCAACCAAAGAAAACAAUCAGCUCGUCCUUGGGAAUUAUGUCGACUUCGACUCGUACAGCUCAGAAAUACAAACCCAGAAUCUUUAAAAAGCCGCACGAACCUCUCAAAAUUGAUCGUUAAUAUUAAACUUGAAACCGAAAUGAAACUGCUCGGACUUGGGGUACGAGUGAUUAGGCUCAAGAGUGGCGGGCAAAACCGAUCCACAAGUUCCCGCUGCCCACCGGAAAUCCAGGAGCCACUACCGUGCUGCCCCAAGAAACGUUUUUGGACCUUCAAGAGAGUGCUCGGCUUCUCCACGUUGACCUUUGGCGCCGGGGUUUAUACUGGCAUCUAUGUUUCGCAAAACUAUGAGGUUCCUCGAGUAGAUGAUCCCCAAAAAUUGGUUCAGCGCCUCAACGAAAAAGUGAAGGAACUCGUGGACCAAAGCAAGAACAAAUCAGCCGGCGAGAAAUUAGUAGACGACAUUAAAAAGGAGGCCAAGAAGAUACUGGACGACUGACUGGUGCACUAAGUCCCCGUUUUUAGUUUAAACAAAUUUAUCUUUGAUCAAAUAAAGCGAUGUUACAUGUGUAAAA